CGUCGUCCAUCCAUGGCUGAGAGAGUGCCCUCCAAUCUCUCCAACUACAAUAACAAAUCCUCAAUCAAUAUCCCACAAUUGGCCUGUCUAGAACUACCUCCUCCAGACCAUACUCCCGACAGCUGCGAUGUCCUCAUUAUCGGUACUGGUUUGGUAGAAAGUAUCUUAGCUGCUUCAUUAGCAUGGCAAGGUUCAAAUGUCUUACAUAUAGACUCAAAUGACUAUUAUGGCGAUACUACCUCCACUCUAACUAUAGAUCAAAUCAAAGAUUGGGUACAAAACGUCAACCAAAAUGAUAUCAACAACAACACUGACGAUAACUUGGGCUACAAAAAUUUUAAAAACGCAAGAUUAUACAUCCCAAGACCUUCUCAACUAAUAUCAAAAAAUUAUGGCAUAGAUCUAAAUCCAAAAUUGUUGUUCUGUAAAAGUGAUCUACUCUCUCUACUACUAAAAUCAAGAGUCUACAAAUACUUGGAAUUUAAACCCUUAUCUCAAUUUCACACCUUUGAAAAUGACAACUUUGAACAAAUCAUCAACUCAAACCAACAGGUCUUUAUCAACAACUCCUUACCUUUGAAAACAAAGAAAAACUUGAUGAAUUUCUUAAAAUUCAUUUUGAACUAUGAAAAAAAUUUAAAUCAAAAAAUCUGGUUGCCUUACUCAAAGACUCCAAUUUCCCUUUUCUUGAAAAGAAUUUUUCAUCUAGAAGUUGCCCAAAUCAAUGAACUUAUCUUUGCAAUCGGGUUGUGCUUUUCCUCAAACUUAAACACUCCUGAAGCUUUGCAAAGAAUCAAAAGAUACAUUUUAUCAUUCGAUGUUUAUGGAAACUUUCCAGUUUUAUACACGAAAUAUGGUGGUCCAGGUGAACUUUCUCAAGGCUUUUGCAGAUCUGCUGCUGUCGCUGGUACAACUUACAAGCUAAACACUUCAUUAGUAGCUUAUGAUCCUAUAAAGAAGUUGGCCAAGUUGAGUGACAACUCCAUAAUCAAAAUUAAUGAGAAAAUUGUCAUCUCCCCAACUCAAGUUCCAAACUUUUUGGAAAAAUAUCAACCAAAACAAAAAUACGAAGUAUCAAGGUUAAUAACCAUUGUUAAUAGUGAUUGCAAAGAAUGGAUGGCUGAAAAUGAGAGCGCUUGUGUUGUCGUCUUUCCAGAGAAUUCUUUACCAUCAUUUAACAAGUAUGCUGUGCAAGUUAUAAUAAUGGGUGAAGGCACUGGAAUUGUUCCUGAAAACCAAUGUGCAUGGUUUUUAUCUACGAUUGAAAAUGGUUCAAAGGCCAAAAUCGAUCUAGAAUCUGCUUUAUCAUGUUUAGAACAAAACUUGUUAAGAGAAACCAACUUUAAUCCUGAUGAUAUUGAUAUGGAUUUUGUUGGUAUUAAUAAUGGAAACCAUCAUCUUUAUAACAGUUUCAAAUUAGGUUCAAGUUUAUUAAAUUUUGUCCCGGAAGAAAAAUUGACAUAUUUAUUCAAAUUUUAUUUCACUCAAAAUACCUCGGUUCCUCCAUUUGGUGUGGUCAACCCUAAUUUAUUCAAAUCUGACGAUGAU